AUGAAUAGAAAGUCAAGAUCGAACUUAUUGUUCGUAAUAUUUAUUAUAACAUUAACAUUACAAUGUUUAAUGCAAAUAGUAAUUGCAGAUGAAUGGGACGACGACGACGAUAAGUUUGAUUCUUCCGAAUCAGUGUCGUCUUCAGCACAACCGGCUUUUACUCCCAAGUCCGAGCCGUUACCUCCACCACCCCAACCAAUACCAAUGUUAGUCAAACCAACGUUAAAAUUGGAGGAUUUUUAUCGAGAGAGCCUUAUUAUAGCACUUAUUGUCAUAUACCUUAUUAAUUAUAUAAUUGGUAAACGAACCAAUGAAGGUAUUGCAAAGAGAUGGAUGGAAGUUCAAUAUCGGUUAUUCAAAGACAAUUUUGCACAAGUAGGAACAGAUACUGGAAGUGCUCUUAUUAAAGAUGGACCAGCGGAUUUUUUAUUCUAUUUAACGGGUCGUCGAAAUUGUCAGUAUGUUCAUGGAAGAAUUACGCUUAAACCGAGACAUGAUAUUAUUCAAUUAGUAUCAAAUUUUAUUACAUCUCAAUUUAGUAGUAAUAAUAUAACUGAUACUGUGAUAUGA